AUGUCUCUAUCAGAGCACGCCGAGGACUCGUGCUUCAGCAUCGCGGCCGCAAACGGCAUCUCGGAGGCUCAAUUCCUGUCGUGGAACCCCUCCGUCGGCGCAAACUGCGGCGGCAUGUGGGCGGCCGCCUACGUCUGUGUGCGCACCCUCGACUUUGUGUCCCCGACCACCGCCACGCCUACAACCACGACCUCCCCGACGACGACAAAGACGCCCGGCAACGGCAUCGAGACUCCCCAGCCGACCCAGCCAGGCAUGAUCUCCAACUGCGAUAAGUUCUACUUUGUCAAGACGGACGAGUCCUGUGUUACGCCCGCCGCAACUUGUCACUUUGGUUGCCUUGUCCUGCUCGUAACAUCCUGCGCUAGCAUCGCGGCCUCGCAGGGCAUCUCCGUAGCGCAGUUCCUCGCCUGGAACCCCAUGGCUGUAUCUGUUUAA